AUGCACUUAUCCUUUCAGAAACCUAUCCCAAGAUGCAGAGUGGAGGGGGAACCAUCCAUAUCUGUUGAGGACCUCCAUCAAUUGCAUGAAACAGAGGCUCUUUUCCAUUCCAAUUGGAUUCGACUGCAGAUUGAGGAACUGUUGAAGGAGGUGAAGGUGAAUGGGAAAAAAGAGCUUGAGCUUGCAGAAGAGGUCAUAGCAUGCAUCAAAGCACCUGCCUCUAUCAAAGAGGUGACGCGACGUCGACUGAAAAAAGCUGGGAUCCAGAUCCCGCUUCCCAUUCUGAUGACUACUGAGGAUGAAGAUAUGGGAAUCCCUGCAUCUUCUCCCAUAGAUCAUCUCAUCACUGGCUCUGCCAUCCUCCAGACUGCCAUCAAGCAGCACAGAAAUGUUGAUGUUGCUUUCUUCGUGCCACCUGAAUGCUUGCAUCAUCGAGACUUCCUGAAUCAUGAAUAUCUCCAAAAACGGGCCCUCUAUUUGGGAUUUUUGGCAUACAAGUUGAAGAAAGCAGCUCUACCCUUUGCAUUGAAAUUUGCAUUUUGUGAUGACAUCUCCUAUCCCUUCCUCCUUGUUGCUCGGGAAGGAAAUGAUUCAGCUUUGGAAAAGCAUCACAGAUGUGUUGUGAUUGAUGUUCUCCCACCUCCAGAGUAUUUCAAGGACAGCAGGUUCAUUCCCUCUCGAAACAAUGUUCGCCCAUCAUGGUACUCAACAGGGUUUGAUGUUGACCUUGAUGAAGCUGAGGAGAUUGGUACUCCUCAUUACAAUGCCUUGAUAUCCCGUGACCUCACAAUGCGUCAUUGUCGAGAGCUGCUUGUGGACCGCUUCUCUAACAACAGUGCUCUUCAAGAUGCUUUGAUCCUCUUCAAAGUCUGGCUCCUCCAGCGGGACCUUCUUCAUGGGAGCUAUGGGAUGUCUGGAUUCCAAGCCAGUCUCCUGUUUGCAUACCUAGAUGUCAAGAGAAUGGUGAAUCCACAGAUGAGCAGCUAUCAGAUCCUUAGGAAUGCCUGGAACUUCCUCUGGGAGACAGACUGGAGCAAAACAGGGAUUUCACUCUUCCCUGAGACACAGGCCCAUGAGAUGCAGCCGACCAUUGAUGACUUCCACAAACAUUUUGAUGUGGUAUUCAUUGACCCCUCUGGCUUCCACAAUGUGUGUGCCUUUCUUGAUCGAUGCUCAUAUCACGAGUUGAGGUUUGAAGCACAUCAGGCAUUGCUCUGCCUGGACAACCAUCAUUCUGAAGCCAUUGAAGUCCUCUUCACCAGCCAGUCUCCAUUUCUUCUCCGCCAUGACACCUACUUCAAGGUGAAUAUAGAGGAACCACUACAGCUGCUACUUCAAUUGGGAGGAGCAGAGAAAGCCUUGGAUCAAGGACCUAGGAAUCUCCAUCAUGCUACAUGUCAAAUGGUGACUCAGCUGCUCACAAAGGCUCUUGGCAACAGGAUCAGGGGCAUGGGAGUUUUGAGAGGGAUGAACUCAUUGACAUGGUCUGUGGAUGAGAAAGCACCAGAGUUCUCCUGCACCUUCAUUGUUGGUCUGAGACUGGACCCAACUGAGCAACUGCGCAUCAUCGACAAGGGUCCUGCAGCCGAUUCUCAUCAGGCACUUGAGUUCCGUGAAUUCUGGGGAGAGCGGAGCGAAUGGCGUCGUUUCCCUGACGGAUCAACAUGUGAGGCAGUGGUGUGGGUGGAAGAGAGGGAUGCUGUACUCUGUCAAAGGAGAGUCAUUCUACCCAACAUUGUCACUUACAUCUUGGAGAAGAAAGCUGGUCUUCAGCCUUGCUUUUUCCUACUGCCCCUACAAGACAUUCUCAAGAAUCCUCCCUACAGAGGAACUGGGGAGGAAGAGAGCCUUGCAGCCAUCCAGGGAUUGGGAGAGCUGCGCAAAAAGCUCUUGGAGCUGUCGGACCUUCCUCUCAAGAUCUCGUCGCUCCAGGGGGUGUCGCCCGUGUUCGCCUAUUCUGAAGUCUUCCCACCGCUUCCUGGACUUGCAGAACCAAGCAUUCCAGUGUCCAUGAAAUCAUCCUCAUGUGCCACUCUCACUGGAAACCUCCUUCAGGCUCCCGAUUGGCUUCCCCCCCUUAAAGCACUGAUCCGUUUGGAGACAAGUGGGAAGUGGCCCGAUGAUGUGGAGGCCAUCAGACGACUCAAAGCUGCCUUCUAUGUUGAACUGUCCAAACGGCUGAGAAAGAGCCGUUGCCUGUGUCAUGCUCUGCCUGAUCGACUCUGGAUCGUUCUGGCCAGAUUUGUGUUUGAGCUCAGAGUGACCUUUGCUGGAGAGGCAACAGUACAUCAAAAAGAGCGGGAUUCGACUGGGUUCCUCCGACUACGGGAGACUCCAGAGUCUCGUGCCGUCACCAAAGACACUGUUGCAAAACCUUAUCUCUCCAGUGCCCUACAUAGUUCAAGAACUAGGUCCCGAUUCUUCUUUCUCAGCCUACAAGUGGAGCAUCUGUGUUGGAGCACGGGAGUUCGGCUGUGCAAACGCUGGGUGGCAUCACACAUGCUUGGUCCUCCACACGUCCCGUGGGAAGUGGUGGAACUCCUCUCAGCACAUUGCCUCAUCUCGUCUCAUCAAUUCCCUACCCCUGCUUCCCCAGAGGCCAUCUUUCUUCGCUUCCUCCAGCUUCUCUCCUAUCAUGACUGGGAGACCUCUCCCAUCCUUGUCAACUUCAACUCUACUCUCUCAAAGGAGGACGUGAGGGAGAUUCGCAAUCAUUUUGACAAGCAGCGGGCAACACUUCCUCCUGUGUUCAUUGCCACACCACUAGACAGAUAUGCAUCAGAGUGGAGCAGGGAAGUCCCAACCCCCAUGAUCCUCAGACGUCUGGCAUCCCUGGCACAGUCAGCUUUGGCGUUGCUCACAUCCUCUUCUGUUCCCUCUGAUUUCAAGGUACUUUUCUAUCCAAUACUGGAUGCGUUUGAUGUGUUGAUUUGGCUCCGACACAGUCAGCUGCCUCGUCGAAGAGAAGCUCUCUUGGACGAAGGAACCUCCAUAUGUACACCCCAACCACUCCAAUCCUCUCAAGAUUCAUAUUGUAUCCCCAUUGUUGAGUUUGACCCAGUUCAGUGCUAUCUUGAAGAGCUGAGGGGUUUGUAUGGUGAGUUGGCACUGUUCUUCCAUGACGAGCAUGGUGGAGAUGUGAUCGGAGUCCUAUGGAAGCCAGAUGCAUGGAAGCCAACAGAAUUCAAGGUCCUUUGCCCUCUUCUACGCUCUGUGAAAAGCAUGGAACCUAUGCAGUGA